GAAUCAAACCAGUCUUAGUUCGCUCUCAGCCGCGGGAAGUGUACUCCAAUCAUGGUUACAACAGUGUAAAAACUAUUCAAUUUACUUUUUUACUAAAAACGAAUUGAAAAUAAACAAUAGUUAAGUGAAAAUAUAUAAAAAAUGGCGGGAGUUUUGACUUUGACAGUUUUGUUAUGCCUUUUUAGUUUAGGCAAAGGUAUUGAUGUACAAAGGCUGAACUUAGAACAGGUUUUAAUACUCAGCCGGCAUAAUGUGCGGACGCCGUUGACCGGGGAACUAGAAAUGUAUGCUUCGAAACCGUGGCCAAAAUGGAACGCUUCUUCCGGACUUUUGACCAGAAAAGGUUACCAACUCGAAGGUUAUAUGGGCGAAUAUAUAGCCGACUGGUUUGCAACUGAAAACUUUUUCAAUGGAUGCCCUAAAGAAGAGGAGAUAAUUGUUUAUUCAAAUACCAAACCACGGACUAUAGCGUCUGCAAAAGCAUUUGCAGAAUCCGCGUUCAAAAAUUGCAAUAUCACAGUGAAACAUCAUGAAAACUUGGCAGCCAUGGACCCUAUGUUUUUGCCUAUAUUUCACAAUAAAACGGAUGCGUUCAAACAACAAGCGCGCGAAGAAAUGACGAGAAAAUUAAACGAAGUCGAUUUGACUGAAGCUUACAGAGAAAUGACAAGAAUUUUAAACAUGCAGUCUUCCGAUGUUUGCAAAAAGCUGAUGAUUUGCGAUUUAGUGGCUCUCAAAUCUGAUAUAGUCACAGAAGAUGGUGAAGAACCGAAUGUAAAUGGACCGUUAUUUAUCGCUAAUGCGAUCGUCGAUUCGUUUAUCAUGAGCUACUAUGAGGGAAUGCCAUUAAGUGACGUAGCUUGGGGAGAAAUGCAAGAUAAUGCUACUCAGUGGGAACUCCUAACUAGCAUAGCAAGAGAAAAUCAAAAUGUCCGAUUUAAUUUAACAUCAGCAUCAAAGGAUGUAGCUGGACCGCUCCUAAAAUACAUGUACAAUAUUUUCAAAAGUGGAACGCCGAAAUUCACACUGCUAGUCGGCCAUGAUUCGAAUUUGAACGCUGUGAUCAACGCAUUCGAUUUUCAACCGUUUGUUCUUCCGGGGCAGUUUGAGCCGUUCCCUAUUGGCGGGAAGGUUAUAUUUCAAAAAUGGAGCGAUGCGAAUGAGAAAUAUUUGAAAAUAGAAUAUGUUUAUCCAACCGUCAAACAAUUGAGGAAUGGGGAAAAAUUGUCGCGUCUAGACCCUCCCCAGAGAGUCUUGUUAAAACCAAAAGGUUGCAAAAUGUCGCCCGCCAGCUUCUGUCCUUGGAGUGAAUUUCUGAAAUUAAACACAUUCUCAUAAU